AUGCUACCCGUCGUUCGCUAUCAAACAUCCGUGGGUGACUUUUCAACGGACGUUGAAGCAGCAGUGCAUACUCCAUAUCGGCCACUGAGUAAACCACUUCGAGUGCCUAGGGUCAAGAUCAUCUUAAUGGAUUUUUCGGGUAACCUGAAGAUUUCAUUCAAUUGGACAACGCUGAGCACCCUGGUUGCACAAAUCCCAAAUGAAUCCAAUACGUUAAAUGAAACGAACAAUUUCGUCCUUACACACGUGGAGUGGUUUAACGAAACCAACUUUCUCCUAUUUGGUGUUUUCGACACCGAACGAUGUGGAUUCAUUUUACUGUGUUCCGUGUUGCAGGAACAAAAAGAGAGGCGAUGUCAACAUGUUUGGUAUCAAUGUGUUUGGAAAGGAUCCUUGAAUAUGCAACGCUCGUCGGCGGAAUUAGCGGGAUCAUCAAAUGGUAUAGAUCAAUUCAUCACCAAGUUACCAUACAUAACAGCAACAGAAGACACCACUUAUCAAAUCGCAAUAUUACGGCUCGUGCCUGGCGAGAGGAAUCAAGUCACUUGGUUGACGACCCACCCAAUCCAAGUGCAUGACUUGCUGCAUAUUAGCAAUAAAAGCAUAUUCUUUACAGGCACUGUUCAGCCAGCCACUAGGCACUUGUACAGGUUAGAUCUCCUUCCUAAUUGGACAGUCUGGUGCCUUACGUGUGUGGAACUGAAUAGCCGUUUGACUAGUUUGUUGCCAGUGAACGAUUUAAACAUGAUGAGAAUAGUACCUGCAGAGAAGGUAAACCUGACUGGUGGCCUUUUGCGCAGUGCUGCACGGAACGCCACCUUUCGAACUAUCACUCGUGUUGAGCUCUCCACCAGUGGCGUAUGCUUUACACUGCAAUGGGAUACUGGAAAUGAGAUAUUCGGAGCAUCCGGUGUAAAAGAAGCGCCCACUCGUAUGGUGAUCAAUCAGCUCACCCGAAUCGGCCAUGAAGCAUCUGAAUAUGAUGACUCCAGGUUUGAAGCGAGUGCACGAUUUGAUCCAGAUUCGGGCGUUAGCUUGUGGUGCCAAAUGGAUAAUAAAAAUGUUACCAUGGUAUGGCACAGUCAUCUAUUUCUGUCCGAUCACAUCAGACAAGUACAUCCAGACACCACUAAUGUGGACCAUCUUCAGAAAUCUAGUACACGAUCCCGCAUAGUUCGAUCGACUUUGACUGACGGAUCCCGAGUAACGUCUCCGAAGUCGGCCAAACAGCAUCAGACGCUCUCACCUAUUCACAACAUGAAAGAGAAGGCGAAACACGUCGGUGCAUCACAAUCCCCUCUUCAUAUGCUGUAUCCAACACCGCCUUUUGGAGACCGGCCCCUUCCAAAUGUCGUUCUCCGUCUCAUAAAUCUCACUACCGACAAAGUGCGGAUGAUUGAUUUCAGCGGGAAUCUGAUGGGGAACCAACCGUUGGCCAGUGAUGGGGUGGAGGACGGUGCUUUGGUACGAUUCUGGUUUCCACCUUACUUGAAUGAACGGCAUUUGCAGGUGUAUCCGCUUCUAAUCAACGUGUAA